AUGAGCGCCAAGAGCGCCGAGAAGCAGCAGGUCGACGCAGAUGGACAGGCCCAGGCGCAGGAACGAUCAUCACAGUAUGAAGAAAAGUCUGACGACGCCGGGAGACCCUCAUCCACAGGCAGUCUGAGUUCCUCGUCGGGCUCCAGCAGCUCUGUCGACUAUGACCCCCAGUUUCGCCGCCUGCAGUCGCGCAAUACCGAAGUGGAUCUGGAGCGCCAGAGAACCAGUGCAUCGCAGGCACUGAGUCGCAUUGAAACCCAGCGGCUGCAGCAUUCGAUGACAGUUGGUGAGGAUGUCACUUCACGACCGUCAAAGCUGCCGCUGCCUCCGUUUGGCGCGGGCAAGCCCUAUCCGCCACAGCUGCCAAACCGCGAGGAUUUUGUCGUGGAAUUCGAUGGGCCAGACGAUCCUUUAUAUCCCCAGAACUGGCCUCUGAAGAGGAAAAUCUACACGAGCGCCAUUCUGGCAUAUACCAGUCUGUGCUCGACUUUUGACUCCGCCAUUUUCAGCGCAUCAUCUACAAACAUCGCGACCUAUUUCGGCGUCGGUCUCGAGGUUGCUGUCCUGUCCAGCACCAUGUACAUCAUGGGCUAUGCCACCGGGCCCCUAAUCUGGGCCCCCCUCUCUGAACUCAAUGGCCGUCGUCCGGGCAUCAUUAUUGGCAUGUUUGGAUUCGCCAUCUUUAACACGGCAGUCGCCGUUUCCAAGGAUAUCCAAACCCUCAUGAUCUGUCGCUUCUUUAGCGGUGUGUUUGGCAGUGCGCCUCUUGCAGUCGUGGCUGCUGUGUUCUCCGAAAUCUACAGCAAUCGCACCCGCGGCGCUGCCAUCUCCUGUUUCUCUGCUACGGUCUUCUUGGGUCCUCUCCUCGCCCCAUUCAUCGGGGGCUUCAUUAAUAUGUCUUAUCUCGGAUGGCGCUGGACGGCCUAUGUCCCGGCAUUCAUGGGAUAUGCCGCCUUCGUCCUGAACCUGCUCUUUCUUAAGGAGUCAUACCCACCUGUCGUUCUUGUCGCAAAGGCUGCUGAGCUCCGUCGUCGUACCAAGAACUGGGGUAUUCAUGCCAAGCAGGAAGAGAUUGAGGUUGAUUUUAGAGAGUUGAUGGUGAAAAACUUCUCUCGCCCGCUUCGCAUGCUCUUUGGUGAGCCUCUUAUUCUAGCUGUGACGAUAUACCUCAGUUUCAUCUACGGGCUGCUCUAUUGUUUCUUGACCGCAUAUACCAUUGUUUUCCAAGGGGUGUAUUACAUGAACCCUGGUGUUGGCGGCCUCCCCUUGUUCGGCAUGGUUGUUGGCUUGCUCAUUGCUACAGCAUACAUCAUUUACUCUAGCAAAGGGUACAACAAAAAGCUCGACGCGAACGGCGGCGUUCCUAUUCCCGAGUGGCGCUGUCCUCCUGUCAUACUCGGCGGCGCCCUCUUUGCUGCUGGACUGUUCUGGUUCGGAUGGACUGGAUUCACAUCCUCCGUCCACUGGAUCGUGCCAACAUUGAGUGGUCUGUUCACUGGAUUCGGCCUAUUGGUCAUCUUCAUCCAAUUGUUCAACUACCUGAUCGAUACCUAUCUUAUGUUUGCCGCCUCUGCCAUUGCUGCCAACACCUUCUGCCGCUCUUUUGUCGCUGCAAGUUUCCCGCUCUUCUCUCGCCAGAUGUUCCAGAACAUGGGUGUCCAGUGGGCCUCGACUCUCCUGGGCUGUGUUGCGGCCUGCCUUGUUCCUAUUCCAGUAGCCUUCUACUUCUAUGGCGAUAGACUCAGAAUGAAGAGUAAAUUCGCUCCUUACUCUGGGCCGUCCUCAGAGAACCAUGCACCGGAGGGAGAAGCAGAGGCAGAUACUGAAGCUCAUUAA